UCUCUCUCUCUCUAAAAGUCUUUCUUGACUUUCUCUCUCUAGAGAGCAAUGCAGCAGGUAGUUAACUUGCACCUCCCUCUCCUAUCCACCUGGAGACCGUUUAUCUAGCCUCUUCCCACACUUGUCACCCCCCAUCUCUCUCUCUCUCUCUCUCUCUCUCUCUCUCCCCUUUACACCCCCAAAAUCAGAUUCAGAGCUGAAUCUGAUUUCUCCGAUCAUGACUAAUCAUAUGGCUAUUUUUAGACACUCGAACUUAGCUUCUUUGAUUCUGUUAUCGAUUGUGGUGAGCUGUGUGUAUGGUAGGUUCGUGGUGGAGAAGAGCAGUAUCAGAGUCUUGUCUCCCUAUAGUCUUCGGGCGAAGCAUGACAGUGCUAUUGGGAACUUCGGAGUGCCUGAGUAUGGAGGGUCAAUGGUUGGGGUUGUUGUCUAUCCCGAAAAGGGCUCUAAAGGGUGCAAUCCAUUUGAGGGUGAUAAGCCCUUCAAGUCAAAGUCUUCUCGUCCCAAUAUUGUUGUUCUCGAUCGCGGAGAUUGCUACUUUGCCUUGAAAGUAUGGAAUGCGCAACAGGCAGGUGCUGCAGCAGUUUUGGUUGCCGAUAGCAUAGAUGAGCCUCUAAUAACAAUGGAUUCUCCCGAAGAGAGUUCUGAUGCAGAUGGAUAUAUAGAUAAGAUUGGAAUCCCAUCAGCUUUAAUAGAACGAUCGUUUGGUGAAGCCUUGAAGACUGCGUUGAAGAAAAGUGAAGACGUCGUGAUAAAACUAGACUGGAGAGAGUCAAUGCCACACCCCGACGAGAGGGUUGAGUAUGAGUUCUGGACAAACAGCAAUGAUGAGUGCGGACUUCGUUGUGAUGAGCAGAUGGAUUUUGUUAAGAAUUUCAAGGGACACGCUCAAAUUCUUGAGAGGGGUGGUUACGCGCAAUUCACACCACACUAUAUAACUUGGUAUUGUCCUCUGGCUUUCAUCCUCAGCAGUCAAUGCAAGUCUCAAUGCAUAAACAACGGGAGAUAUUGUGCUCCUGAUCCGGAGCAGAACUUUGGAGAGGGGUAUCAAGGGAAAGAUGUGGUGUUUGAGAACUUGAGGCAACUUUGCGUUCAUAGAGUUGCCAAUGAGAGCAACCGGUCUUGGCUUUGGUGGGAUUAUGUGACAGAUUUUCAUGUAAGGUGUUCCAUGAAGGAAAAGAGAUAUAGCACAGAAUGUGCUGACGAUGUCAUGAAAUCACUUGAUCUGCCAAUUGAGAAGAUAAAGAACUGCAUGGGUGAUAAAGAUGCCGAUGUAGAGAAUCAAGUACUAAAAGAGGAGCAAGAACUCCAGGUUGGCCGAGGAUCACGUGGUGAUGUUACCAUCUUGCCAACAUUGGUUGUCAAUAACGUUCAAUACCGAGGAAAACUUGAGAGGACUGCCGUGCUGAAAGCGAUAUGCGCUGGAUUUAAGGAGUCUACCGAACCUCGAAUUUGUCUUAGUGGAGAUCUUGAGACCAAUCAAUGUCUUGAAAGAAAUGGUGGCUGUUGGCAGGACACAAAGUCUAAUAUAACUGCUUGCAAGGACACAUUUAGGGGAAGAAUUUGCCAAUGCCCUUCGGUAAAUGGUGUUCAAUACAACGGGGAUGGUUAUAUAUCUUGUCAAGCUGUGGGACCUGGUAGGUGUGCAAUAAACAAUGGCAAUUGCUGGUCACAAACUAAGGAUGGGAAAACAUUUUCUGCUUGCUCAGAAUCCGACCUCUCAGGCUGUCGUUGUCCAGCCGGCUUUAGCGGGGAUGGUCAUAAUAAAUGUGAAGAUAUUGAUGAAUGCAAGGAACGUCUAGCUUGCAAGUGCGAUGGAUGUACCUGUAAGGACACAUGGGGUGGAUAUGACUGCAAGUGUAGCGGGAACAAAUUGUACAUUGCGGAGCAAGACGCAUGUAUUGAAAGAAAUGGAUCGAAAUUCGGAUGGUUUCUUGCCUUCUUGGUUUUAGCAGCUGUAGCAGGUGCUGGUCUAGCUGGUUAUAUAUUCUACAAGUAUAGGCUCCGGUCUUACAUGGACACCGAGAUUAUGGCUAUCAUGUCACAAUACAUGCCACUUGACAACAAUCACAACAAUCAAGUUGUCCACCAUGAUUCCGAACCUCUACGACAAGGUUCAUCUGUUUGAGGAAGAAGUAGAAGCUGAAUUGAUCAGGCUAAACGAAAAGCUUCCACGAAAGGGAUGGAUUAUGCUCGUUACAACAUUUAGAUCCAUUCGACAAAAUCAGUGGAAUUAUCAUUUUAGGAUGAAUGUGAAUUAUCCAUAUACAGGACAUUUCUUCAUGGAAUCCUCUUGCUCUAUGUAAAUAAAGAUAUUGAGAUGUAAAUGGAGGCCUAGUUAAUGUAGUUAAUGUAAGGAUGUGAUUAUGAGGAUUCAUAUAUUUGAUGAAUACACAUACAUUAGAGAAGAGGAGGGAAUGUGUUAAAUUAAAAUGCUACUAUCCCCAA